GGGGCCACCCGGAAGUGGUUCACGCAUUGCCGCUGCAUGUCGACACACGUCUGCGUGUCUGAGUUGUGGGGAGUUUCCACACUUUCGCCACUCGCAAAGUUUCCUUACUCCUCUUCGUGGCCGUUAUCAGCGCAGACGGGCUAAAAUGGACCCAAACGCGUUUCUCUACAACGUCCCCCCGAUGCUCAUUGAACGGUUUUGUGAAAUCAUGGACACUGGAUGUCAACGCUAUGGAUGGCGCGGACUAGCCGCCCGAAUCGUUCCGAGCUUUACGGAGGUUCGCCUGUACGAGCGCAUGGAGGCGGGAGGUCGCAGUCCCACCAAGGAGCUGCUGUGGUCGUGGGCCCAGCAGAACCCGCGAGUACAGGACCUGCUCGAAGUACUGCAGGACAUGGGCCACUAUCGGGCUAUGCAGCUCUUUCAGGGCCAAUUUCAUGCAGUUAAAGAGACACCUUUGCCCCUUACAAAUAAAUGUGAACCCACAGGACAUGUGUCAACAGCUAAUAUGAAGGAGUCCAUCCAAUUUGAGGCGAAUCAUUCUCAUGAAACAAUAAGUCUGAUUUGUUUGUGUUUUCCAGGAAAACCCCAGCCGCCAAUCAGUUUGCGGGACAUCCAAGAGGGAACCAAAGAUUUUCACCCCGAAAUGAGAAUUUCAGAAGGCUGCUUCUCCGACGUCUACCUGGCACGGACGGGAGGAGAAAUGUUUGCGGUGAAGCUUUUCAAACAGGUAAAUAAUGUCUCCUGGAAGAAACUGUGGGAUAUUUUCCAAAAAGAAAUGGAAAUUCACCGAUUGUGCCGACAUCCAAACAUUUUAGAGUUGUUGGGUUGCUUUUCGAAUGAGAGGCGCUACUGUCUGGUCUAUCCUUACAUGCCAAAAGGAUCACUCUUUCAUAGACUCCAUCAUCAGAACACUCUGCCCCCUUUGUCCUGGCAAGAACGUCUCGCCAUUAUAAAGGGGAUCGCCAAGGCCUUACAUCACCUCCAUACGUCCCAACCAUGCGCAGUCGUCUGCGGGAAUCUGUCCAGUUCCAACGUACUCCUGGACGACGACUUGCAACCCAAACUGUCCGAUUUCGGCUUGGCCCGACUCCGUCCUCAUUCGGUCAACCGUCAUCACACCAUCACCCUGGAUGUGGGUUCCCACGGCAACCCGGAGUACCUCCCUGAGGAGUACCUCCGAAGUGGCAAACUCUCCACCAGCCUGGAUGUUUUCAGCUUCGGAACGGUUGUCAUGGAAACGGUGACGGGACGUAAAGUCGUAGAGCAGCUGCCGAAACAUACGCUGCUGAGGGAUCUGCUCACCUCCAAAGCGGAGGAGAGCGGCAGCGCGGACUCCUGCCUGCAGUUUUUGGACGAGUCGGCCGGUCGAUGGCCGACGUCUUUGGCGCGUAGUCUUCUGGAUCUUUCCUUGCAAUGUGUAGCAAGUCACCAUUCCAGACCCAGCAUGGAGAAUGUGAUCCAGGCAUUGAGCCAACCGCUUCCACCACCCAGCUUCUCCUCUUUGGACCGCCCUCACAGCCUGGACGACAGCGCCCCAACUCACAUCCAGCACGGCCCCUCACCCAGCAUCCCCGUGGAGCACGACGAACAUCGCAGCCUGCCCGGCUCUCCGGCGCGGCCCUGCGAAUGCAGCCAGUCAGAGGUGACGUACAGAAUCGUCACUGAGGCUGAGAGCGUCCAGGCCAAAGUCGAUGGAGACCUGUCGUACAAAAGCUGGCCGGUGCAGUGCAGCUGCCAAGCCGAAACAGGAGGUCUAUCCUGUGAGGACUGCAGGGCUAACGGGUUUAGCAGCACGAGCCCGGAUUUAGCAGAUUAACUGUCCGUUGUUUUUAUUUUAUUUAUUUAUUUUUUUAUGUUCGAUGCACGGACUGAGAUAAACUCCUGCGUUGCCGGCUGUAGAAAUCAUUUUUAGUGUUUUUCUGGACACAAUUUUAAAACCAGUUUUAGCUAUUUUGUUCUAUUACCUCUUAUUCUCAAAUAGUGGUCACAAUAAGUCUCCGUUGUAUCGUCUAUUUAUAAGUUACAAGUUCCCAAUCCUCAAGCAUAACUACUCACUUCCGAUAUGCAGUAUAUGGUAGUAACAAUUCUCCAUUAAACCAGUCAUUUGACGUCGGCCUGUAAUCGAUGCUUCCUUUGAGUAAACAUCUUGUCUGGUUCUAGUUGCUGUUGACUAAAUAAACAACCCUGGCUACUGCCUGAAGAAAGACGUUGGACACCACCACCUGUCCAACAUUUCAUGGAAAUUGGUUGUAUACGUCUAUAUUUUGGAUAUGCUAAAUGUUUGUUUGCUCCUGUAUGAUCCUUCAGUGGUGUGUUAUCCUAAGUUGGACGCACCUAAACACUAUAUAUAAUAACCAAAGCUCACUUUAAAUUAUAUUUGACAUGAGUGUUGAUGACAUUUGACUAUUUUAUUGUUCAAACAUUGUCAUAAUAAAAUGUUUGUGUUGGUA